AUAUAAGCUGCACAUCUUCACUUGUCAGUUUGGAUUUUAAAGUUUGAACUUUUUUGUUAAUCGUGAGGAUCAUCCAGCAGAAGAAGUUUGUGGAUAUCCAGAUUUUUAUUUUUUCCUUUUUUUUUUUUUUUUUUUUUUAUCCCCAGUCUGAGGGGUUUACUUUGGGUUUGACCCUUUGACUGUCUACAUUUGUGUGGCUUUUUGUCUGGAUGCCCCAGGAUUACCCACAGGCUGCAGUUCCUUCUCGGGCCUGCAGGGCGGCAGCAGAGACGAACGGCCGGCCGCUGGACAGGCAGACCGUCGGGAUGAGUGACUUCUGGCAUAAGAUGGGCUGCUGUGUGGUAGCCAAACCCCCUCCGAAGAAAAAGAGGAGGAAGAUCGACCGCAGCAUGAUCGGAGAGCCAACAAACUUUAUCCACCUCACGCAUAUCGGCUCUUCAGAGAUGGGAGAUGGUUUGCAGCCGUCAGGGUCUGUUCAAGAGCAGAUGAGGUCCAAAGGCCCGAACAUGAACUGCAGAAACAGCCUGUUAUAGCCGGAUUGUAUUAAAUUGACUCUGACCAGCUGACUGACCUCCUCCGCACUCUGAACCUCUGAGCCUGUCCUCCAACACCCCGCUGAUGGCUUCACUCACCUCACUGACGACUGUUAAAGUGUCGCUCAACAAAUGUUGCACCCUUUGUGACCUUCACUUCAGAUUGUCUAAACAAAUGUUAAAAAAAAAUA